AUGGAGAUCACUGAUGGGCACAUUUCUGUUCGGUUCAAGCAUGGAGUCCACACCAUCUACCUGUUCGUGGAUACCCUAGAGCCCAUUCAAAACGUCGGCGAAGAGCUUCGAUCCCUGUUGCGUGAACGAUACCCCGACGGCCUCACCACAUCCAUCGAGCAAGCCAAGACGACGCCGGUGCCGAGCGAGGACGAAGAUUUUACCAUGGCAUAUGCCGUCCUUGCGGUCCCCAACGAUCCAACUAGAGGCUGGAAGAGACUAAAGUUCGGUGAUGAGUCUACGCCAGCUGGCAAGGCCGGCCUGAAAGACAAUGGCAUCGUCGCAUUCACCUUUCUUCAGUCCGAAGACGACGAGGCAGUGUUCGAUGUAGAGUGGCCAGGCGAGGAGGAGGAGUUGUAUGAAUAA